AAAUAAACAAACAGUGGUACAGGUCGAGCCGGGGUGGAUUUGAAAAUUCCCAAUAUUUUCCACGUUUUUUGAUGUACAGGCGGUGAUUGGCGGUUUUAUUUGAGAAUGAAUCAGGCCUUAUGGCUGAAGUUCAUGUGAUAGGCCAGGUUACUGGAGCGAGUGGAUUCGGCAGGAGCUCCCUUUUCUGCAAGUGGACUCUACAGCUUGGUGGAGGGUGGAGAGUCAUUGAAGGACUGGCUGAAGGGCAGACCCAGGCAGAUUGCUCCGAGGUUGGUGACACAGUGAGCUGGUGUCAUCCUGUUGAUAUUCAUCUAGCUACAAGGGGUAUUCAAGGAUGGCCACGGUUAAUGGUUCAAGUUUACAGGCAAGAUGAUUUAGGUCGUUUUGACCUCUGUGGUUAUGGCAUUAUUCAUGUACCAAGUCGACCUGGACAUCACUCAGUAGACUGUCCUACUUGGAGACCAACAGGGACAUUUGCAGAAGAAUUAAGGCGAUCCUUUUUAGGUGGUGGUCCACAGCUGCUGUCUACGGAGUUUAUCCAUUCUGGAUUAGAACGCUAUAGAUUGCGCACUAUACCAUCAGGCACUGUCCACUUUGACUUAGGGAUUAUCCUCAGGAACUUUGACAAGUAUGGAGUAAUGUACUAGCAAUUAAAACUUUGUACAUCCAUCUUGCUUUGGCCAAAAUCAAUUAAUUUUAGAAACUAGGCAAAAAUGACCUCAGUUUUACGAUGGCAUUUAUCUGUGCUACUUGCACUGUAUCUUGUGUGUACCUUUAUUCCAAAUAUAAAUGCAGAAGAUGAAGGUACCAACCCAAUGACCAGUACUAGUCAUUUGAAAGUCAAUAACACCCUUUUGCCUGAGGAUGAAAUAGAAGAAACAGAUGAUUUUAAUAGUACAGCAAAGGUGCCAAGUAAUUUCACAUCAAAUGGAACAGACACAGAUUAUGAAGAUAUGGAUAAUGGCACUUAUACAACUGAAUAUCCAGAGGAAAACAUCACAACCCCAUCAACUGAGCUUCCAGCAACCCUGCUCCCUGGCACUAAUAUCAGUACAGAACUAAUUGUGGAUGAUUUCUGUCUGUGUGAUCUGAAGGUUGGAUAUUGUGACAUAAACUGUUGUUGUGAUGAGGACUGUGAUGCAGAUGAUCGGCUGGUGUUUUCUCAUUGUCUGGAGCGUCCACAGAAUAUAUUGGAUCCAAGGUACUGUUUCCAGCAACGUCUCAUCUUCAGUAACAACACAGAGUACACUGUGGAGUAUAAUGAUGGUGGAGUAUUCUGUAUUGUAACUGACAAUUUACCGGAACGAACUACCUACACAGCUGUAAAGGGUGCAACUAAUAUAGAAGAGUUUGAGGAUCUCCAGAAGGAAGAACCUCAUUACUCUUGGGUGCAGAACCAACCCUCGCUCAAGUUUUCUGAAGAACCAUAUGUAGAUGGCUCACCAUUGUGGGGAUUCAGCUAUGAAGGAUUUGUUUUCAACAUUGGUAUUCCUGACUCAGUAGUUGGAAGCGAGUGUGAAGCUGAAACAGGCAUGCGUUUCCUCCAGGAUUUCCGGUCUUCCUGUUACAGGGUCUUCCAUUACCUUCCUGAAGAUUGCCAAAUAAAUCAAAAAUUAAAUGCACUUCAUUAUUUAUCUUUCUAUGUGAUUGCAGACCCAAGUAACUUGUAUCAGAAUGCAAGUUCAGAUAAUUCAACUGAAGCACCAACAGUCUCACCUACAACAACAGAAAGUCCAAGUGAGGAAACCACAACUGAUUCUUCUGCAACUUCAGAUCCACCUGAAACUGUUACUCCACUCGAGAGUGAAAGCACAACCACUAGUUCAGCAAACAAGCAGUUAGAAAAGACAGAUGUAAGUGAAGGAAUAAAAGCUGCAAUGAUGGAUAUAACUUCAGUGGAAGGUCUAACACUGUUGGAGGAAAUAGUCGUUGAUCAAAUGCAACUUCUGCCAAUCAACGUUUCCUUAUGUCAUUGGGAAAAUUCAAAAGAAAUCUGUGUAAACAUACCUUUAACUAAUAUACCACAGCCAUUGUACAUUAAUGGUAUUUGUCAAAAUGUUGUUUCAAAUAUUUUUUAUCAGUUUACUCACAAUGGCACAGAGGGUUUAUCAAAGGUGCAUGCAAAAGUUCAUUUGACAAACAUCAGCAGCCAAAUGACACAGUCAUCUCAGACCUUUGAGACUAAGUACAUGUGGGCAUCUUCUGAAGACCUUAUCAUAUUUGAAAGAAGUGGUCGACCUGGCUAUGUAUAUGGAAAGCCUCUGCUAUUAGGAAAACAUGUGGAAAAUGUAACAGAGGAAGGAGACUUGAAAGAAGCCAUCAUCCUUGAUAUAGAUCCUGAGAACUGGCUAACCAUACUGUCUCCAGGGCCAGAAGGGGCCUGCAACCACCGCACACAGGUCACUUUUGGUCAAGAUAUCAGGUCAGGAUGUGCCAUGAAAGUAACCCAAGAUGAUUUAGCAAAUAGGUGCCAAGCUUUACAGAAGAAAUUCCAAGAACUACUUCUGGGACCUGUAUUGCUGAGUUCUAAUGGUUUGCGAAUAGCAUCGUUUGGGGACUCAAAUGUCAACAAUGCAGCAGAUUGGGUUCCAAUUCUUAUACCAGAGAAACCCAGAGCUGCAUCAUUUUCAAGUUCAAUACUUGGUAAAACUAAGUGUGCUGAGCUGGUCCUCUCUAUGCAUCUAGAAAUAGCCUUCAGUCUUCAGGGUGCAUUAGCCAAUCCGCAAGCAAAAGUCGUGGGCAUUGUUCUUCGUUAUGGAGAGCCUCAGGACAUUGCUAUCACUUGCACUGGACCAUCUUGUCAGAACCAGACAGUUCCUAUAGAACUUGUGUCUUCGGUAUCGUUUGUAGAUGUCACUCAGUCUGCACACCCAGCAUUUGCACAACCACCAAGAUUGGAUUUAAAGCUGCCAUAUGACUUCUUUUAUCCAUUCUUGCCUUCAUCCAGUAUGCCAGUUUGUGAGAGGAAUUAUAUGUGGGUUUUUGUUUUAAUUUCUUGUGUAUUAUUUGUGUAAUCAGUUUUUCAAAAGAAUGUCUGUUAUGCAUUAUAAAUAUUUAAAACCAGAAAUUGGUAAGGCGAUGAAAUGUGUCUGUAUAUAAAUUAUUUUUCUUGGUUGAAUCAUAUUUAAAAUUUUUUAAGUUAGCUAUUUUAUUCAAGAUACAAAGAAAAUCAUAUUCUAUUUCUGAUGUUAGCGAUUACUUCUUAUUUACGCAUAUCAUUUGACUUUGAUUUACUUCUUGAAGCCUAUAAAUUAUUCUAAAUGUCACACCUCCUUCAGAUAUUUGACUCUUUAUUUCAUUACCCAUAGUGUCCUCACUCUCACUUCCUUAUCAUUUACCCAAUAUAUACUAUUCUAGACACAACUGAGUAGAAGUAGUACCGAAAAUUAGCCAUAUGAAACUGCCCCUUGUAUAAUGUAGGAUAUUAUGACAAGUAAACCAUCUCUUUACUAUAGUGUUGUUAUAAUCAUAUGCAUUUAUUUUUGGUGCACAGAUGCAAGGGAUAUGAAAUUAAUUCCAGUCACUUUCAGUACCGCAAAUUUGAUUUCUGAGUGUUUCAAAUAGUCUUUAUUAUGCAAAGUUUAUAUACAAAUAAAACCAUAGAGGUGUUUCUACAUAAACUGGUCAGAUGUAAAAUCAUUCCUUUAGCAGAUUUAGUUUUUAUUUUCAUUAAAACUGUAAUUCAUAUAGUUAUAUGCAGUUCUCAUAAUAUGGAUUUUUAAAAAAAAAUUCCAAUGUGGUCUCUGUAAGAUUUA